GCUCCUGUGGGAUACUUCGAUCCUCUUGGCUUGUCCAAGGAUGGCGAUGUAGAGACCUUCCGCAGGCGUCGCGAGGCGGAACUGAAGAACGGAAGGGUGGCGAUGUUCGCAACCAUCGGCUCCGCGGGCCCAAUGCCAUCAGGAGAUCUGUCGCCAUCUUUGGGUCUGAAGUUCAGUGACGUCCCCAGUGGAUUCGCUGCAUUCAUCAAGGUCCCCCUGAGUGGCUGGGCUCAGAUGGUGGCCUUCGCCGGAACCGUGGAGCUCUUCCAGUACGUGGACGAUCCCAAGCGUGCCCCUGGUGACUUUGAGAAUGCCGGUUUCCUGGGUGUGCCAAACAGCUACAUCAAGGCCCCUGCGGACACCAAGGAAAAGAAACUCGCGGCGGAGAUCGCGAACGGACGACUGGCCAUGAUGGCCAUCAUUGGCAUGUUCUUCCAAAACGGCCUGACCGGCGAAGCCUGGGGCGACUGGUCCCUCUACACCGACUCGCCCCUGCGCGCCUUGACCCCCGCGCAGGAGUGCAUCGCCGGCACCGGCGGCCCCUUCCCAGAGGAUUUCUGGGAUCCUGCUGGCAUCACCGCCAAGAAGAGCAAGGAGGAGAUCUUGCAGCUUCGCGCGAUGGAGCUGAAGCACGGCCGUGUGGCCAUGCUGGCAGUGCUGGGGUGGUUUCACGUGGCCGCAGGGUAUCACAUCGUGGGGGACUAUGCGGUGGGAGAGCACUUGGACAACAAUCCCUUGGUGAAUUUGACUCAGAUGCCCAUGGGUGGUAUCUGGCAGGUGGUUUUCACCAUCAUGUGCUUGGAGUGGGUUACCACCUAUGUUUGCAAGCCCCCAGCUGAGAAGCCUUGGGACAUCCUGGGCUGGACAGACAUCCUCAUCGAGGAUGAGAAGAGCAUCUGGAACCAGUUCAGGAAGGCCGAGAACCAGGAGCUGAACAACGGCAGGUUGGCCAUGAUGGGCAUCACAGGCCUCAUCGCCCAAGACGUCCUCUUCGGCGACUUCGGCGAAGCGGCGGUACUGCCCUGCUUCGGUGCCGCCGCCUGCAAGGAGCUCUUCAGCCCCGUGGGCCCGGCGGCCACCACCGAGCCCUUCCUGGGAGCCGGCUUCAUCUAUCCGCCCCUGGUGGCAGCUGCUGCUGCAGCAGUGGCGGGCACAGCCUUUGUGGCUCUUCCAUCGCAAGGCACUCGCAGCUCGGCCCCAAGUUCCGGCUCCCUGCGUGGUGCCCGCGGUUCCAGCGGUUCCGCCCUGGGCAGCGCUCCCACCAUCGCCGUGCUGGGUGCCACCGCGGUGGCUGCGGCAGCGCUGAGAAAGAAGGACAGCCAGGCGGUCAAGGCUACCGCGCUGCAAGCCUUCGAAAACGAGCUGGGUGUCCAAGCUCCUUUGGGCUUUUGGGACCCCGCGGGGUUGUCCAGUGAUGGCGAUGCCAAGGAGUUCUACCGCCGCCGCGUGGUGGAAAUCAAGCAUGGCCGAGUGUCCAUGCUGGCCUGCACCGGCUACAUCGUGCAGGAGUUCUUCAGAUUCCCUGGCUACAUCUCACCUUCCAGCGAAAUCAAAUUCACGGACAUUCCCAAUGGCUUGGCCGCAGCCACAAAGGUCCCGGCAGUGGGCUGGUUCCAAUACACCGUAUUUUGCGGCAUUUGCGACCUGUGGCUCAUGCACCAGGUGCCUACAAACCCACCAGGCAAGCUUUGCACCCGUUUGUUUGGUGAGGAGACCACCAACUAUGAGUACGGCUUCUUGGGCCUUCCCGGCUACUUGGGAGGGAAGGCCAUUGCUGACCCUGAGAUCAAGAAGAAAAAACUUAAUGCAGAAAUUGCUAACGGAAGGCUGGCAAUGAUGGCGAUCAUCGGCAUGUUCUUCCAGGACGGACUCACAGGAUCCGCUUGGGGAGACUGGGCCAACUACACCGAGUCGCCAUUGAGGGCCUUUGAGAACGAGUUGGGCGUCCAGGCUCCUUUGGGAUACUUCGAUCCUCUUGGCUUGUCCAAGGAUGGCGAUGUAGAGACCUUCCGCAGGCGUCGCGAGGCGGAGCUGAAGAACGGAAGGGUGGCGAUGUUCGCAACCAUCGGCUACAUGGUUCCCGAGUACUUCAAGUUCCCAGGGUACUUGGCUCCUUCUUCCAACUUGAAAUUCGCCGACGUUCCCAAUGGUAUCGCCGCGAUCACCAAAGUGCCCGCUGAGGGCUGGCUGCAGUGGGUUGCCCUGUGUGGCUGCUACGAAUUCUGCGUGAACACUCCAGUUGACCCAGCGGACCCAGGCAACUAUGGCAAGGGCAAGUUCGGCUAUGGCAACAUGGUGUUGGGCAUCACAGCAGAGCCCAUGCAGGAUCCUGAGGGCCGAAAACGCGCCUUGAAUUCGGAAUUGGCCAAUGGGCGCCUGGCGAUGAUGGCCAUUUUGGGCUUGUGGGUGCAGGAUGGCUUGUUCGGUACACCUUAUGGUUUGUACACAGGAUCCUCUGCAUUCGAGACUGAGCUGGGUGUGCAACCGCCCGUCGGCUUUUGGGACCCCCUCGGGUUCACCAAGACCGACGAUGCCGCGUCCUUCCGCCGCCGACGCUAUGUGGAGCUGAAGCACCGAAGGGUGGCCAUGUUCGCUUGCCUUGGGUACAUUGUCCCAGAGUACUACCGCUGGCCAGGAGAUCUGUCGCCAUCUUUGGGUCUGAAGUUCAGUGACGUCCCCAGUGGAUUCGCUGCAUUCAGCAAGGUCCCCCUGAGUGGCUGGGCUCAGAUGGUGGCCUUCGCCGGAACCGUGGAGCUCUUCCAGUACGUGGACGAUCCCAAGCGUGCUCCCGGUGACUUUGAGAACGCCGGUUUCCUGGGUGUGCCCAACAGCUACAUCAAGGCCCCUGCGGGCACCAAGGAGAAGAAACUCGCUGCGGAGAUUGCGAACGGACGACUGGCCAUGAUGGCCAUCAUUGGCAUGUUCUUCCAAAACGGCCUGACCGGCGAAGCCUGGGGCGACUGGUCCCUCUACACCGACUCGCCCCUGCGCGCCUUGACCCCCGCGCAGGAGUGCAUCGCCGGCACCGGCGGCCCCUUCCCGGAGGAUUUCUGGGAUCCUGCCGGCAUCACCGCUAAGAAAAGCAAGGAGGAGAUCUUGCAGCUUCGCGCGAUGGAGCUGAAGCAUGGCCGUGUGGCCAUGCUGGCAGUGCUGGGGUGGUUUCACGUGGCCGCAGGGUAUCACAUCGUGGGGGACUAUGCGGUGGGAGAGCACUUGGACAACAAUCCCUUGGUGAAUUUGACUCAGAUGCCCAUGGGUGGUAUCUGGCAGGUGGUUUUCACCAUCAUGUGCUUGGAGUGGGUUACCACCUAUGUUUGCAAGCCCCCAGCUGAGAAGCCCUGGGACAUCCUGGGCUGGAGCGACAUCCUCAUUGAGGAUGAGAAGAGCAUCUGGAACCAGUUCAGGAAGGCCGAGAACCAGGAGCUGAACAAUGGCAGGUUGGCCAUGAUGGGCAUCACAGGCCUCAUCGCCCAAGACGUCCUCUUCGGCGACUUCGGCGAAGCGGCAGUACUGCCCUGCUUCGGUGCCGCCGCCUGCAAGGAGCUCUUCAGCCCCGUGGGCCCGGCGGCCACCACCGAGCCCUUCCUGGGAGCCGGCUUCAUCUAUCCGCCCCUGGCGCAGUGA